AUGCGCUACUCUCUCGUGACUUGCCUGCUUUCCGCAGCAACAGCUGUAUCGGGCUAUGCCUACCCUAUGGCGUGUACCGGCGUCUGUAACAAUGCUCACGACCCAGCCCUGAUCCGCCGCGCCGAUGGUACAUACUUCCGUUUCUCGACUGGCGGUAAGAUUGCGGUCCACACUGCGCCCUCAAUCACCGGACCUUGGACCUACAAGGGCGCUGCUAUACCGGCCGGGUCCAAGAUCAACUUGCCUGGCAGAAACGACCUGUGGGCUCCCGAUGUCACGCUCGUGGGCGACACGUACUACCUCUACUACUCCGUGUCUACCUUUGGCAAACAGGAAUCAACCAUCGGAGUGGCCACUAGCAAAGACCUCGACAGCUGGACCGACCACGGCAGCACGGGGAUCCAUUCCAGUGCCGACAAGAAAUACAACGCCAUCGAUGGAGCGCUUUACUGGGAUGGUACCAAAUUCGUCAUGACGUUUGGAUCCUUCUGGGGCGACAUUUUCUCGGUCCACAUGGCCAACCCGCCGUUCAAGGCUACGUCGUCGACCUCGAACAUUGCCUUUAAGCCUGAAGGUACCCAUGCGCAGGAAGCCCCUUACAUUGCCAAGAACGGCAACUACCACUACCUCUUCUUCUCCGUCGGCCAGUGCUGUGCCUUUGACAGUAAGAUAUCGGCCCCUGGCCAAGAGUACAAGAUCCAGGUGUGCAGGUCCACCAGCGCCACUGGUGGGUUUGUCGACAAGAACGGCGUCGACUGCACCCGCGGCGGUGGCACUACCGUCUUGGAGUCUCAUGGCUGGGUCUAUGGGCCUGGUGGCCAGGGUGUCUACUACGAUCCUCAGCUAGGCCCUGUGCUGUAUUACCACUACGUCGACACCCGCAUUGGCUUUGCUGAUAGCCAGAAGCAAUUCGGUGUUAAUAGGCUCCACUUUUCAGACGGGUGGCCUACAGUCUAA